GCAUCCGACAUCUACGCCCGGCACCAUGAGCGAGGCGCCGGAGACCAGCACUGCCAGCCCUGCGCCCGCCGCGCCGCCCGUCCCGACCACGGCUGCGGCUGCUGCGCCGCCCGCCGUCCCGGACGCCGCUCCCAAGAGCCCCGCCAGCGCCGCCGCGCCGGGUGCGGCUGUUGCUGAGGCUGCCCCCGGUGCCGCCGCCGCAGCCACAACCGCGGCGGCCGAGUCGACGAAGAAAGUGCUGGCCACCAAAGUUCUUGGCACAGUCAAGUGGUUCAAUGUCAGAAAUGGAUAUGGCUUUAUCAACAGAAACGAUACCAAAGAAGAUGUGUUUGUUCAUCAGACGGCGAUAAAGAAAAACAAUCCACGGAAGUACCUGCGCAGCGUUGGUGAUGGAGAGACUGUAGAAUUUGAUGUGGUUGAGGGAGAGAAGGGUGCAGAAGCAGCUAAUGUCACUGGUCCAGAUGGAGUCCCCGUGGAAGGCAGCCGCUAUGCUGCAGAACGGCGCCGCUAUCGACGGGGCUACUUUGGCCGACGCCGGGGCCUGCCUCGGAGUCAGGGUGGUGAGGGAGAAAUCAAGGAUGGGGUCACAGAAGGAGGACAACUUCAGCAAGUGCACAGGAAUCCUACCUACCGUCCCCGCUAUCGCAGAGGGCCCCCUCGCCCACGCCCUGCCCCGGUGACUGGAGAGGCUGAAAACAAGGAGAAUCAUCACGAGGCCCGUGCCAUGAGCCAGCAGCCGCUGCGCCGCGGCUACCGGCGCCCCUACAACUACCGGCGCCGGCCGCGCCCAGCCAGCGCUCCGGCACAGGAGGGCAAAGAGACAAAGGCAACUGAAACACCUGCUGAAAAUCCUGCUCCAGUGACAGAGCAGAGUGGUGCUGAGUAAUGUCCGGCUGCCCAGGCACCUUUACCAUCGCUCAGGAAGCUCUCUGGUCUGUAUAGUAACAGCAUCUGCUGAUGAGUUAUUUUAGGAAGAUCCUCACUAUGGACAGGAUAAGCCAGUUGUGCUUAUCCUGCCUGUUAUAAUUCUUUUCAUUUGACAUCUUGUCUAUUUAUUGAGACAGUAAAACUUAAACUGCAUUUUUUUUAACAUGUGGCUGUUCAACAGGUGUCCUAAAGUACAACUCAAAAGUAACACCAAAGAAACACACAAGCAAUAAAUUGUCAACAGUGAUGAUGAAAGCGAAGAUUUGAAAUACCAAAAUGUAAAAGAAAAUUUACCAGCAGCUGAGAUCUAGGGAACGCCUACAAGAUAAAUGCAUGAAGAGAGAAAGAGAGCAAGAUUCAGAAAGAGCAACCUCCCUAGUUUUAAUAGCAACUGUGGAGCUAUUUGGUUUUUGGGGUUUUUUCCCUAGAAUUUCACUGUUUUGCUAGUAUUGAUUUUUUUUUUUCAAUUUUUCUUUUGGUAUCAAACUGAAAAGGGAAAAAAAACAACCAAAGAACUAAAAUUGAAAUAAAAUGCUUUUUUUAUUGGA